AUGCCCCCCGUCUGGUUCAUCACGGCCGCCUCCUCCGGCUUCGGCCGCGCCAUCGCCCUCGCCGCCCUCCGCCGCGGCCACACCGUCGUCGCCACCGCCCGCAACCCAUCCCGCCUCGCGGACCUCGCCGCCGCCGGCGCCCACACGCUCGCCUUUGACGUGACGUCGCCCCUCCCGGCCGUCAGGGACCUCGCCGCGGCCGUCUUUGCGCAGCACGGCCGCGUCGACUACCUCGUCAACGCGGCGGGCUACAUCCUCGAGGGCGCCAUCGAGGAGGCCAGCCCGGAGGAGGUGCUGGCGAGCUUCGACACCAACGUCUUUGGGGCGAUGAGGACGAUCCAGGCGUUCCUGCCGCAUAUGCGCGCGCAGCCCGUCAGCGCGGAGAACGGAGUCAGGGGCGCCGUGGCUACGUUUGGGAGCCUAGGCAGCUGGCGAGGGGCGCCGAGUGGUGGUGUCUAUGGCAUGACGAAAUGGGCCUGCUCGGCGCUUGCUGAGACGCUCGCCGCGGAGCUGGCGCCGUUCCAGAUCAAGGCGACGGUCGUGGAGCCGGGAUACUUUCGCACGGGGUUCCUGAAUCCCAGCGCGAGGGUGUCGACGAAGGCGAGGAUCGAGGCGUACGAGGACGAGAGCACGCCGACGGGGAUGUCGAGGAGGAGGCUUGCUGUGACGGAUGGGAGGCAGCUCGGGGAUGUGGACAAGGGGGCCGAGGUGAUUGUUGAUGCGCUGACGGGGACGGGGGUUGCGAGUGGCAAGGCGCUGCCUGUGAGGGUGGUGCUGGGGAGUGAUGCGGAGGGGGUCAUCAGGAAUAAGAUGGCGGAGACGGGGAGGAUCUUGGAUGAGUGGAGUGAGGUUAUCAGGAGCACGGAUGCUCCUCUGCCGAACUAG